UGACGUCACGGCGCUGCUUCCCAACUACUUAACUCGGUGAGGGCGGUCUGAACGCUUGAACGAUAGUUUUUUCAGCCAAUCGGCUCUCGGGAGGGCUGGCAGCUGUGGAGAGGAUACUCCAAUAGGCGCGCGGCUGGGGGCGGGUCUACGCUGCUGGGAGUUGGGUUGAUUUAGCUCCUGGGCUUGUGUUUCCCUGGCUCUGUUUGUACAUGGGGGGGAUUGGGGUAUACGGGCAUGCAGCGCUCUCAGAAAUAAGGGCACCUUAUUAUCCAGCACCCCUCAGUCGGAGGUUUUCAUUGGUACGGUAAGAAAUGACGGAUGAGGGUGUCACUGGCUAUUCCCCAUCCUUAAUUGAAAAUAGAUAAAUCUUCUGGACCAGGGCCUGGGAGGGUGCUUAUUUCCCUUGGUUGAAGUAUGGAACCAGAAUAGAAGGAAUCUACAAUCUCUAUCCGGUCUGGCUUUUGUGUGACUUCAAGCCUCACCCUAGUUUAUCUAUCCUCUGAAACCGCCUAAAAUCACAUUGUGCAAAGACAAUUAAGACUGAGCAACAGAUGCUGAUCUUGCAAGCAAUUUCCACAUCCCAUAAAGCAAAUAAACAGCCUACAUGGAAUCUUCCUCAUAGUACAGAAACAUGAAAUGAUUAAAUGUACCAAAGGAAAUGUUGGCUCGUGAGCACUGAACUACCAUGGAGGUCUGUGAAUGAUAACAGAGAUGCAGCACGGCAACCAGGGAAUGCAUGGGGAUUAUUGAAACAGCACAUAAAGGACGUCCAAUGCUCGUUAGUGUGAGCAGUGGAAAAGGAACAACUACCAUGGUAACGCUAAUCACAGAAAAAUUGCAGAAUCAGAGCCUGGAAGACAUCACUUGCAAGGCCUACAGUAUUAAUGUGCGCUCCACUGAGAAACUGAAUGAAAGUGGCAGUUUGUUUCCAUAUGAAAUUGAUGAAGAAAGCCCGUGGACACUUGUAAACCGGACUUGCUCAACUAAAGCUGAGACAAACCGCAGUGUGGCUUUUCCAUUUUCAACAUGCACAUUUAACCAUAACCUGGCUGACCAUGUUGGGUUGCAAUGGCAAAUCAACACAAAUAAAGCCUCUGUUUCCGGCUGGAUCAGUGAGUUGAGUCUCAGUGAGAACUCGAGUACACCUUUGGCCCCACCCACAAAACGACAUUGCAGGUCUCUUUCGGAGCCUGAUGAAUUAUCCCGGUGCCGAUCUCCUUGGAAACCCUGUAGUUCCAAGGUCUGGACUCCUGUGUCAAAGCGGCGGUGCAACAGCGGUGGUAGUGCAACCUUGCAGCGCUGCAACAGCCAUGGAAGUGCCACACUGCAGAGGAGCACGAGUAUCAAUCUGCUCCAACAGACCAGUAAACAUGCAUUAUCACUCAACAACAGUAUAUUUAAUGUCACCAGCUUCAAUACUUCACCAGUACCAAGGCCGUCUUCUGCCAGCAGUGGAUUUGUAGACAGUAGUGAGGGAAGUACAUCAAGUGUACGUUGGAACUCUGCAGGUCCAUUUGACUUUAACCCAAGACGGCGGCUGUCACUUUCACAGGAACACAUUACAGAGACGACAAACCUCUUGCCUUCAGCAAACAGCACUCCCACUUCCACGCCUGAGCUAAGUCGUCGACAGGGAUUGCUGCGAUGUCGCUCGCAACCUUGUGUGCUGAAUGAAAGGAAAUGUGGGCUCAAGCGAAGGCGUGAGGAAGAUGUCAGGUGGACACGACCCUCUUUGGACUUCCUGAAGAUGACACGGGCAUUAAAGAACUCAAAAAGUCUUUGCUCUCUUGACUAUGAAGAUGAAGAUGAUGACGAUGAUUGUCAUAUGAAAACUAUUGUGUCCUCGCCAUGUGACUCAAAUGAUCUGUUAAUGAAUAUCAUCACUCCGGGCUCCAGUCCACUCAAAGAACACGACUCUGCAAGAUGUCAUGUCCCUGGGAGCCGAGAUGGCUCCCAUCCAAGGAAUUAUGGGAAAGAAGUCACUGUGAGCGAAAGUGAGGAAGAUACAAGUGAUUGUGAAAGCACUGACGAAGGAAUAUUUCGGCUGGACUGUGGUGAUUUGGAUCUAGAACAAAUAGAAAAUAACUAAUUGCUGCAACAAUGUUCUAGAUAAAACUGGUUGUUUUUAUACUUUUUGUUGUGGUAGAGGAUUACCUUUGCAUAACUCAUGUCCAUUAAAAAAAAAUUUUGUUAUUCUGGACUGCUUGAAGGUUUUUUUGUGCAAAACAUCAGUAGUCCAUGUCGUGUGUGCACAGAAGAUAGAGGGUUCAGCAACUUGAUCUUGGAUACACGAGGUUGCCAAUUUUUAGGUUUUGAGAAACAUUUUGGAGGAAGAGAUUUUCUGUAAAUUCAUCUCCAUUGAGGAUAUUUUGCAAUGUGUAGCUUUUGAAAUGGAGAAAGCUGAACUCUGCAAGGAUGUGGAUUUUUUUUUUGAAAAAGGGCAUUCUGCAUUCAACUACACAGGUUUAACUACAGUGGUGUCGGUGCGGGUAUAGUGCUGCUUUUUGUGGGGGAGGAGGGUGGGGGGCUGUCAGUGUUUCAACAAAAAAAAAUUGACGUUUUACUUUUACAAUGAGAAAGCUAAUGGCUUUGAUGAACCUGAAAUGGCCAAAUUCAUAACAUGGACAUCUCGUGCUAUGGUCACAAGAAUGUAAUAAGCACUUGAGGUUUGGAAAGAGACUGUGAUUGCCUGUUGUGAUCGAUUUCCCAGGAGUUAAACCCCUCAGCAAUAUUAGAAGGAAGACUUUUAUAGUCUUUAAAAGAAAUAAAAUGGAUUUUUGCUUUGCA